AUGACGGACUUCAAGCCAUUCACCGCCUACAUUGUUGAUGCUUGCAGGACUGCUGGCGGCAAGCGAAACGGCCGGCUUUCAGGCUACCAUCCUGCAGAGCUCGGUGCCACGGUCUGCGACGCUUUGAUCGAACGCACCAAUGUGAAGGCAGCGGAGGUGGAAGACGUCAUCUUCGGCUGUGUCAGCCAGGUUGGAGCGCAGUCUGGCAACAUUGGGCGUGGUGUUGUGCUUUCUUCUCGACACUUGCCAGAGAGCGUACCUGGCCAGUCCGUCGACAGGCAGUGUGGCUCCUCGCAGCAGGCCAUCCAUGCAGCCGCGCAGGCGGUGAUGAGUGGUGUGCACGACUGCUGCAUCGCUGGCGGCGUGGAGGUCAUGUCACAGGUUCCCAUCGGUGCUUCUAUCAUUGAUGGUCUAAAGGCCGGGCACGGCAAUCCCAUGAGCGAUGCCACCAUGGAGAAAUAUGCCGAGAAAAUGAAGGCCUUCGAACAGUUUAACAUGUCCUCGCAGGCUUUCUCUCAAUUUGGAGGUGCAGAGCUUUUGGCGAAAAAGUAUGGCCUAAGCCGUGAGGAUGUGGACAAGUUCGCCGCUAUCUCGCAGCAAAGAGCAGUGACGUCUACGCAGGCUGGCAAGUUUGCGGACGAGAUCGUCCCUCUGCCAGUCAGGCGAAAGGAAGGCCAAUCCGAAGGCAUGCAUACCCAGGAUGAGGGCAUCCGGGAAGGCGUGACAGUGGAGAGCGUGGCAAAGCUGAAGGCAAUGUUUCCGAAUGGUGUCCUUACCCCUGCAUCCUCGUCACAAAUCUGCGACGGUGCUGCUGCCGUACUGAUUUGCAACGAGCGUGGACUAGCAAAACUCGGUGUCCAGCCGUUGGCAAGGAUACAUUCGUUGGCUCUCGCCGCAGCUGAUCCCGUAAUAAUGCUGGAAGCGCCGAUCCCAGCAACACAGAAGGCCUUGCAGAAGGCCAACAUGAAGAUUCAGGACGUGGACGUUUAUGAGGUCAACGAAGCCUUCGCAUCAGUGCCGCUAGCAUGGUGCAAGGCGCUGGGUGCUGACUUCCAGAAGCUGAAUGUGAACGGGGGGGCCAUGGCAUUGGGCCAUCCGCUUGGAGGAACUGGUGCCAAGUUGAUGACGACCCUGGUGCAUGAACUCCGGCGUCGGCAGGGCCGAUUUGGGCUGCUCGCCAUCUGCGAGGGUGGUGGAACAGCCAAUGCGACAAUCGCAAGUGCCCUACGUGUGAAGACCAUGCAGCUGGAAGCUGGAAGCUACACAGAUGUUGCACAGAUCGACAUGUUCAUGUGUAUGUGUGCUGGCUAUGGAGCUCCAGCUGAAACGCCUGUGGACAAGCAAGUUCCACCUGCAAAGGCAAAGACAGGCCUUUCCGACCCAAAGGCACCGACGCUGCUUCAAAAGCAAAGCCGUCGAGAGGUCCACAUUGACAAGACGACGACCAUCCCCCUGGAACUGUAUUGGGAACUCAUCCGGGCCGGCGAGCGGGCCAAGGAGAGGGGGCAGCACCAGCUGACGAAGGGCACCAGGCACGUUGGCAUGCACCUCAUCAUGAGCACUUGA